UUUUUUCAACGUUCAAGGUUGCGCUUAUCCGUUGACUUUAGCAAACGUUAGCUACAUGGAGCGAUCUCAGAAACACAACACAAGUGUCAGCGACAGAUGGGUGUUUCUCACCCCCAUGGUCAACAGUUGCAAGUUGCACCUUACGACAGUCAAAUCACCAGGGCCGGAGGGAGCCCAGAGGAUGACUGACUCUCAAGAUCUUGUAAAGGAAAAAUACAUGAAUACCUUCAAAACAAUGAAUCAUCCUUACUCAGGUAAUGACUCCACAUAUUCUUCUGCACAUAAUCUAGUACCACUAACAAGUGGUGCUGAAAGUGGUUUGGAAGCAGUUUCACAUUCUGCACAAGAAGCUAGGUACAAAUCUAAGAGACCAACCAACAGUGUGGGGACCACUUACUACCGAAAUGCCUUAAACCUCCCCAAGCCAUCAGGUUGUUCUGGAGGAUAUAAGUACAACACAGUCCAUGGUUUUCCCUUCACACGAUUGCCUUGUGACAGUUUUGCAUCCAGUUUUCAACGCAUUGACUUGGACAGGCGCUGUCUGGAAGAAUGCCCCCAGCUGGGCUUUAUGGAUGGACUACAGCUUCUCAACCUCCAGCACAAUCUAAUCACAAUGAUCCAGCAUCUGUCACAUCUGCAACAGCUUGUUUUCCUGAACUUGUAUGACAAUCAUAUCUCUGAAAUGUCUGGCAUUGAGACGCUAAGAUCUCUAAGGAUCCUUAUGUUGGGGAAGAACAGAAUCCACAAGAUAUGCGGCCUGGAAAGACUGUCCAAACUAAAUGUCCUGGAUUUGCAUGACAAUCAGAUCUGCAGGGUAGAAAACAUGUCUCACCUGAACGAGCUGCAAGUGUUGAACCUGGCAGGAAACAGAAUCUCCAGAGUGGAAAAACUGCGGGGCCUGGACUGUUUGACUGAACUCAACCUGCGACACAACUGCAUCUCUGUGGUGACUGAGGUGGACCUCCUGCCCUGCUUGCAGCGCCUCUUUCUCAGCUGCAAUAACAUCACCAGUUUUGAUCAGCUAGCCUGCCUUGGAGAGUCGUGCUCCCUUUCUGAGCUCACCCUGGAUGGGAAUCCUGUAGCCCUGGAGACAUGGUACAAGCAGGCCGUCCUGCGCUGUGUGCUUCAUCUGAGACAGCUGGACAUGAAGCGCAUCACAGACGAGGAUCGGCGCAUGGCUGGUGUACAGGCUCGAAAAGAGGAGGAGAAGAAAAGGGAGAGUCACAAGCAGACCAUUCAUAAGGAGAAGCGGCGUCUGGCCAUCCGUAAUGCAGCACAGCAGUGGGAGGGUGUCAGGGCCUGCCUGGAGCUGCCACCAACAAAUGGUGCUAAAGAAGAAGUUAGUCCAGAGAACAGCCCUGCCCACAGCCCCGCCCAGACCAAUGGCCUGGCACAGGAGCCUUCUCCAGAUGAACCCAGACGAGUAAGCCCAGGUUCAGGACCAGAUCGACCAUCAGGGGGAACAGAGAGCAGACUCCGCGCGAACAGCCGUCCAAACAGCCCACGGGAUCCCAAACUUGUGGAGGCAGGGAGCGGCAGUGUUCAGAGCUUGUCCCUCUCUGACAGUCACCUGGCGGAGCUGGAUGGAGACACCUUGCGUUUGUUCGGACUCGGAGCCCUGGAGGCCCUGGAGAGGGGCUGGGGAGUUCAGACUGCUGGUGCUGUCACCGUAAUAACCUUCCGCUACAUCAACUUCGACGCCAUUGUACCAACACUGCCGCGAAUAAGAGUCAAGUUCCCCAAUCUAUCGCAUCUGAUCUUCUUGGAAACCAACAUCAGCCGCCUGCCCCAGCUGGCGGCCCUGGCUCAGGUGAGGCGUCUGGACCAGCUGACCAUCCACCCAGAGGGCAAUCCAGUGGUCAGUCUGGCUCUGUGGCGCUCCUUCGUCAUCUACCGCCUCCACCACUUCAACUUGCAGAGGAUCAAUGGCCAGGAGGUGACCAUGAAUGAUGUGAUCGCUGCAGAGCGUGUGUUUGGGACACUGGGUCAUAUAGCAGCCACUGAAACUCCACGUUGCCGGCUCCUCCUGCUGCUAGAGGAGUCCAGAAAGCGCCAGUUGCAGUUCCUGCUGGAGGGGCGAGGCCGGCGGGCGGGGCUGAGUCCGGAGGAGCUGCGAGACAACGGGAAGCUCCUGGGAGAAGGCCUGAGCAGAGCGCUGUUCAACUACCCGAGCAGAGACUGCAGUGCAGAGAGCCCCGAGGAGGGCAGUGUGGAGUCAUCGGAGCGUGCUGCCAUGAUAGAGCAGUACCUCCAGGAGUUGGUCCAAAGGGCAUCAGACACCAAUCUGAAGGGCGAGGCUCUGCACAAGCUCUGGCCCUCCAUGUUUGCAGAAAUGGUGAGAGACUGUGUGUUGGAGAUGAGGGACCGAGCGGCCUUCCGCCAAGCCAGCCUUGCAAAGCUCUCUGAGACCAAGUGA